AUGGCACAUCAAAAAAAUCAAACACUCAAUGUGGAAAUCCUGAUUGUUGGAUUUGAGAACCUCUCUGACUACAGAAUUCCUCUCUUCCUUCUCUUACUGAUCAUAUACACAUUGACUUGCAUUGAGAACCAUAUGGUUAUAUUUUUAGUAUGUAUAAGCUCUCGUCUCCAUUGUCCCAUGUAUAUCCUGAUCGGUAAUUUGCUCCUCUGUGAAUUUCUCUAUACGACAGAUCUGGUGCCCCUGAUAUUGCACCACAUUCUCUCAGGAAGACCCACCAUCUCCCAUCUUGGCUGUUCUGUCCAGUCAAGUGUAUCUGGAUCCAUAACAAUUGUUGAAACCUUGCUGCUCACUCUGAUGUCAUACGACCGAUAUUUGGCCAUUUGUAGGCCUCUCAGAUACUCUGUUCUCAUACACAAUAGACUCUGCUUCUAUUUGGUGGCCACGUCUUGGUUCAUUUCAUUGAUAUUCCUUGUGGUUGUAUUUUACUUUGUAAUAAAUCUUGAAUUUCGUGGCCCCGUUACCAUCGAUCAUUUUUACUGUGACUUCACCCCUUACGUUUCCUUUGCAUGCUCAGACAUAACACCUGUUGUUUUAAUUGGUUUAUCGGUCAGUAUUACAUUAACCAUUUUACCGUUCCUAUUGAUUGUUCUGUCCUAUAUCUUUAUUAUAUUCACAAUCCUCAGGAUACAGACGUCGGAGGGAAGGCAGAAAGCCUUCUCUACCUGCAGCUCCCACCUCCUUGUAGUGACUAUAUAUUACACUGCGCUUUUUUGCUUAUACGGGGUGCCGAGGAGUGAUCAAUAUCUCAAUGUCUACAAAGGAUUGUCCUUCACAUAUUUUUCGGUGACACCAAUGAUCAACCCCAUCAUUUAUACUUUAAGGAAUCAGGAGAUUCAUAUAGCCUUGAAGGCAGCAAUGAGUAAAAUAAAAACUGUUUUAUUGUUAAGAUGCAACAAAUAA